UUGCAAAACAAAAGUAUGAAAUGGUGUUAUGUUUCAUGCAUAAUUACAAAAGUCCUCUUUUUUCAAGUUUUCAAAAAAGAAUAUUUCCAUAAUCAAUGCACGUAUGGUCUUUAAUUUCUAUAACAGUAACUGAAGAAACCAAAGUAAAUGGAAUUACUUGCUCAUUAUGGCAUUGUAAUUUGCAAUGAUUUAACCAACACAGUUUUUUCAAAAGAAACUAAACAGCAGUUUCCACUUGAUAGCAUUCCUUGUUUAUCUGCAACAUAUGGCUCAAAAUGAAGGUGGAGAUGGUGGAAAUGGAAAUAAUGCUGGUGGCGGCGGUGAUGGCGGCAACAACAACAAAAAAUCACAGUCCAAAGAUGCAAAACAAGAACAACUACCAGUAGCACACCCAGCUAAAGAGCAAUUACCUGGUGUUCAAUAUUGCAUAAAUAGUCCUCCACCUUGGCCUGAAGCACUUUUAUUAGGGUUCCAGCAUUACAUUUUGACUCUUGGCAUGACAGUUUUGAUUCCAACUAUAGUUGUUCCUCAAAUGGGUGGAAGCAAUUUGGAGAAGGCCAAGGUGAUUCAGAGUACGUUGUUUGUUUCUGGACUGAGCACGUUUCUUCAAUCUUUAUUCGGAACCCGAUUGCCAAGUGUAGUUGUUGGUUCAUACACUUACAUGAUACCAAUUAUGUCAGCUGUUCAAGCUAGCAGAUACAGUUCAUAUACAGAUCCUUAUGAGAGAUUCACUCAGACAAUUAGGGGAAUACAAGGUGCCUUGAUUAUAAGUGCAUGUUUCCAAAUGGUUAUGGGAUUCUUGGGAUUAUGGAGAAAUGCUGUCAGGUUCCUUAGCCCACUUUGUGUUGUCCCUUAUGUAACAUUCACUGGACUUGGUCUCUAUCAUCUUGGUUUUCCUAUGGUCAAGAAGCCUACAUUUGACCGAUUUGCAGUUCUGUUUACCAUUGCAAGUGCAUGGUUAUUUGCACAGCUUCUGACUUCGAGCACUCUAUAUAACAACAAGCCAGAAAGCACACAAAAUAGUUGCCGCACUGAUCGUGCUGGUCUUAUUAGUUCUGCUCCAUGGGUGUAUUUUCCUUACCCUUUCCAAUGGGGAAGUCCUACCUUCAACUAUGGGGAAACUUUUGCUAUGAUAACAGCUUCUUUUGUUUCUCUUUUUGAGUCUACUGGUACAUUUUAUGCUGCGGCUAGAUAUGGAAAAAACGCUGGACUAUUGGCAUUGACAAGAGUGGGAAGCCGAAGAGUCAUCCAAAUAUCAGCUGGUUUUAUGAUUUUCUUUUCUGUAUUUGGAAAAUUUGGAGCAUUUUUUGCUUCUAUACCUUUGCCAAUCAUGGCAGCAUUAUACUGUAUAUUCUUUGGCUACGUGUCUUCUGCGGGUCUUGGUUUUCUCCAGUUCUGUAAUCUCAAUAGUUUCAGAACCAAAUUUGUGUUAGGCUUCUCAUUCUUCAUUGGUGUCUCUAUACCGCAAUAUUUCACUGAAUAUUAUCAAGUAAAACAGGAACAUGCAGGUCCUAGAUGGUUCAAUGAUAUUGUGACUGUCAUAUUCGCUUCACACACAAUGGUGGCUGCCUUGGUUGCUUUCAUUUUGGAUUUCACACUCACCCGUGAAGAUGAUGCAGCCCGUGAUGACAAUGGUUUGAAAUGGUGGGAGAAGUUCAGUAUCUAUGGAUCUGAUGUUAGAAGCAAUGAAUUCUAUGGUUUACCAUGCAGACUCAACGAGUUUUUUCCAGCCCUUUAACCAGUCUCUUUGGCGGCGAUGGAUGUUUAUUUUUCACAAUUUAGACCAAUUCAGCAUUUUUGUCAACAAAUUCCCAUGUAGUUUCUAGUGACAAUUUUUUUUCUUUGGCUUCAUUGGAAAAAGGAAAUAAUUUCUUUUUACAUUAUUGUAUAUGUGGAGUUUAACGAAACUCUGCAAUCAAGGCUAGAGAUGAAUCCAAAUAUCAUUUAAGGGUACCAUGCAGGGUAGGGAUAUCCAAAAUUCAAAAAUAGGUUUGUCAUGUAAACCAUUAUAAGGUUGUUUUUUAAA